ACGGCGACGGUGACGAGGGCGAACUCCUCUUCCUCUGCGUCUUUCUCGACACGGAGACGAUUGUUUGAAGGAGAAGAUUUCCGGAUCGAGAUCUCAUAACAGUUAAGGGAAGCAUUUAGUAGGAGGAUCAUUAUGGCAUCAAGACGACAUGUACAAUACUCUCCUCUUUCUGCAGAUGACAUAGAUGAAGAUCAUGGAAUGCUGGGGGAAGGAGACCUUCGCUUUGCCUACAAUCCCAAGGCUCUCGAUAGAGUUCCAUGGAAGUCAAUCGCCCUUGCAAUUUUUCUUCUUGCUCUGGGGACACUUCUCCUUAUUCUAUCAUUCUUCAUUUUUACAGGCCAUAUGGAGGGUGAGCAAUCCCAAGCAUAUGGCCUCUUGACGCUUGGUAUACUUGCAUUUCUUCCUGGUUUCUACGAGACUCGGAUCGCUUAUUAUUCUUGGAAGGGUGCGCCAGGCUAUAGGUUUUCUUCCAUCCCGAGCUAGUCCUCCAAGCAUUUUAGGCUCGACUGUGGAUACUGGAUAUUGAUCUUAGCCAGUGAGUUACAACUUGUUCCACAGAUCCUUGUUUCGAGGAUGGCUAUUUUCUGCAAAAUGAAACUUUGUGUGUUGCUAUGCAAUUUCUAGUUGCAGCGAAAGCUUACUUCCAGUGUGGAUUUGUUGUCCAAAUAUGACCUAAAUAAUGCAUGUUCUACUAAAAUGUGUAUUUAGUAGUGCCUUUACUGUUUCCUACAAUGCUCUAGUUGUAGUCGAUCCAUCCAUGUCUUAUAAUUUCUUUGAUUCUCACAGUACUUGAAUUCCCCAGUAA